AUGCUCACGCGGGUGAAGUCCGCCGUGGCCAAUUUCAUGGGCGGCAUCAUGGCUGGCAGCGCGGGCGCCGACCACGGCAGCGGCGCGGACUUGCCCCUCCGCUUCCCCUACGGGAGACCCGAGUUCCUGGGACUGUCCCCGGACGAGGUGGAGUGCUCCGCCGACCACAUCGCCCGCCCCAUCCUCAUCCUCAGCAAGGACACCCGGCGCCUGCCCUGGACCACGGGCUACGCGGAGGUAAUAAAUGCAGGGAAGAGCACGCACAAUGAAGAUCAAGCCAGCUGUGAAGUCCUCUUUGUCAAGAAAAAAGCUGGAGGCAGUAAUUCUACACCAAACAAGAACUCUUCAACAAAACGGAGGUCAUCGCUGCCCAAUGGAGAAGGUCUCCAGCUGAAAGACAAUUCAGACACUGAUGGGAUCAACCUGUACUACUGGUCCUUGUUUGAUGGACACGCUGGGUCAGGGGCAGCUGUGGUCGCUUCCAAACUGCUGCAGCACCAUAUCCUGGAGCAGCUGCAGGAGAUUGUGGACAUCCUGAGGAACACAGCCGUCCUCCCACCCACCUGCCUGGGAGAGGAGCCUGACAACCCAUCCACCAACAGCAGGACACUGACACGGGCGGCCUCCCUGCGUGGUGGUGUGGGAGCCCCGGGCUCGCCCAGCACACCUCCAACACGCUUCUUCACUGAGAAGAAGAUCCCACAUGAGUGCCUGGUUAUUGGGGCCAUAGAAAGUGCAUUCAAGGAAAUGGAUUUGCAAAUAGAGCGAGAGAGGACCGUGUAUAACAUUUCUGGCGGCUGCACAGCCCUAGUGGUGGUGUAUUUGUUGGGCAAGCUGUAUGUGGCAAAUGCUGGUGAUAGCAGAGCUAUAAUAAUCCGAAAUGGUGAAGUCAUUCCAAUGUCUUCAGAAUUCACUCCAGAGACUGAACGCCAGCGACUUCAAUAUCUGGCUUACAUGCAGCCCCAUUUGCUGGGAAAUGAAUUUACACAUUUAGAGUUUCCACGGAGGGUGCAGCGCAAGGAAGUUGGAAAGAGGAUGCUGUACCGUGACUUCAACAUGACUGGCUGGGCAUACAAAACCAUUGAGGAAGAUGACUUGAAGUUUCCCCUUAUAUAUGGAGAAGGCAAGAAGGCUCGGGUUAUGGCAACAAUUGGAGUGACCCGAGGACUGGGAGACCAUGACCUGAAAGUGCACGACUCCAAUAUAUACAUCAAACCUUUCCUGUCCUCAUCUCCUGAGGUGCGAGUCUAUGACCUCCUGCAGUAUGAGCAUGGGCCAGAUGAUGUUCUGAUCCUAGCUACUGAUGGACUCUGGGAUGUGCUGUUAAAUGAAGAAGUGGCAGAAGCUGUCACUAACUUUCUACCAAACUGUGACCCUGAUGAUCCCCACAGGUACACGCUGGCGGCGCAGGACCUGGUGAUGCGAGCCAGGGGAGUGCUGAAGGACCGGGGCUGGCGGAUAUCCAACGACAGGCUGGGCUCUGGAGACGACAUCUCUGUCUACGUCAUCCCUUUGAUACACGGCAACAAACAGUCGUGAGAGGAGCACCAGGAGUGGUUACAGGAUGGCGAUCUUUGUGGGAAGGGCCUGUAAGAGACAAUAGGUUUUUGGUGGUCUGACCAGGACAGUUCCAAUUGAUGUAAUCUAGUCAAAACUAAUGCUGGAGGGGUAUUUUUCUGCCCAAGAGGUAGGGCUCUGCACAUAUACUGUAUAUGAUUAAAGAUAACCCUUAAGACUCCAAUUUCCCUGCAGAAAUGGUUUUGGUGCUUAACAGGAAUGGGAUUUAAAUGCUGCUAGCAUAUUAUGGAUUCUGUCAUCCCUCUAGGUGGGGUGGGGAAUUAAUUUUUUUCUCAGUUUACCAUGUAGCUUGGAAGAGCCAUUUCAGUUGUGAAAGUAGGUGUCAGAAGCCAAGGAGGCUCCUGAAAUCUACCCCCAAAUAUUCAGAAGGGGACUUGGGUCACAUCUCAUUUAAGAAUAUAGAUAUACAUAUAUGAGACUCAAGAGUUUUCUUCUUUCAGAAAGUUGUAUUCAUGACUUAUCUAUGGACAACUUCAAACUUACGUAAUCCUUUGAACCCCUAUUUUCCUCUCUUGUCUCUUCUUCAGUAGACUAUACCUCCUGUAUUUUAGUAGGAAAACUGAAAUGGGUUUCAGUGUGACUAUGCCUGUUUACUGCAGCUAAAACAGUCACCUGCAAAGUUGUCCAGGAGAAAUAGGUCACAGUCCUGUAUGGCAGAAUUCAUCCUGGUGUGAGGAGUUAGUUGUCAAGAUUUCUUGUUGUGUGGAUACCAUGAUUAUACAGAGCAUGCAAACUCAGCUUUAUGUGAUGUUUACCUGGAUGCCAUGGUUUCUUUGGGAUCAGAGAUUUACAUUCAUUGAAUGGUUCUGCCUGCUUUAUCCUGUUGAAAGGAUCUCUGACCAUAAAAUUCUCCCAUUAGUUGAGAUUUAGUAAAUUUGUUUGGGCUCAUGAGUGUAUUUUCAGUUGGACUUCUACUUGAAGGAGUGGUAUUGUUCUCAUUAGCAAUUUGGAUACCCAGAUAGUGAUCUAUUUCAAAGAUGGUUCAGUUCUUCCUGCCUCAUUUAUUUUUACGUCACCUGCUUGACUUCAGUGAUCACAAAGGGACAGCUUCAAACUUUGUCCUCUUGGCAUUGAGAAUUGUACUCAAGGAUCACAAGAUGACUGUAAUAGAUACAAGCCCUUGGCUUGCUUCAGCAGCUGUUUUCUUAGCAGCGAUAAAUCAAUUUAAAUAAAGAAAAUUUGUGUAAAACACUAUUGUCAUGAAAGCAGUAGUCCAGGAGAAAAACAAGUGAGCAAGUCUGCAGUGUAACCUGGCUGCUUAGUCCAUGCAGGUAGGUCUCUUACUUCAUUGUCAGUUCAAGAGAAAACAAAAUCAGAAAGAUCUAGCAUGCAGGAAGGAGGUAUAUUGGCUGGGGAGCCAACAUCCACCUCAUUUGUGUCCAGACCACAUAGGUGUGGAGCUGUUCAUCUGGUUUGUACUUCUUCAAUAAGAAAAAAGACAGGGAGCUGACAUCAUUGUAGGGCACUGACUAGGAAGCUCACAAACGUUGUGUGAAGAGAAAGAGAUGCUGUGCCCUUUGCAGACUUUCUCCCGAACAGGUGUGGCCCCGAGCUUGCCGGUUCUGUAAUUUAUGAUGUGCUGUGUAAACACGGCACAGCCUGAGUGCGGUGCAGCUGCCCAGAUGCUGGAUUUGACUGCAUCCAGAAAUAGUUUGGUGGAUUUAAACUACUCUUGCUCCAAAUCUCUAGACCCAGAAAAGUUUCAGGAUGAAAGCAGGCAAUGUGGAGAGUGGAACAGCUCAAACAUUGCAACAAGCUGCGUGAUUUUAGCCUGGAAACUGUUCCAUGAGUUCCCUAGUGCCUCAUGUGAUAAAGCUGUACAAAAUGUGGACGUUUUAUAUUCUAGAGCUUCAGUAUAAAUCAAUGGCAUAUCUGAUUACGUAUUUUCAUGCUUUCUUUCCUUAUUUUUUUUUUUCUCUUUACCUCCUUUUCUAUGUGCAUCUGGGUGAAAAGAGAGGCUUGGAGUCUAGAAUAUUUUUCACAUGGCCCUUCACAUGUUUUAAAGUUUAAGCAAGAGAUCCUCUCUUGCACUAUUCUUUUUUUUUUGGCCUAAUAAACUUGUAAACAUGCUUUUCAUGCUCUAUGUAA